AUGUCCAGCAGGCCCACAUCCGAAAGCGAAGAUGGCAGAAUGGAUGGAAGUGCCAUGGGAGACGUGAAUAUCAAUGGAUCUCACCAAGAAGAGCAAGACAACGGGGACAAAGAAGAUCAUGUCCAGAGGAACAAACAAGACGAUGCUGAAGCAGACUACAAGUUUGGCCCUAUAUUGUCCAUAGGAAAGGCCAAACACUCCACUAGGAUGCAAACAAAAUCAGCUCUUGCCCAUUUUUCCAUAUUCUUGGCUGGGUAUUGGGAUCGUCUCAGCUCUCUCAAAGACUACUCGUCCCAAGACCAAAAGCAGCUCUAUCUCCUCCUUGAGGACAAGGAUUUGAAGGAGGAGCUCAUUGGCUCCUUCUGCAACUACCUGUCAGAUGCAGAUUCAAAAGGCAAGAGCAGGGACGGGAAGAUAGGGUGGGGGACAGCCCAAAACUACGUUUCAGCAGAUCGGAAUUAUUCCCUUAACAACCCUCAACUACACCCACUCUUGUCCAAGGACAAACUGAAGGAAUGCUUUGGCGACACGUCCUACCUGUCCAAGAGCCGUAUCUCCAUGAGGAAGGCUAUCAGUAACAGAAGUAAAGAGCAUGGAAUCCCACUGGUCCAGCCCAAAGCCGGGGCCUUGAGAUCAGACUGGAUUGCCAUAGCCGCCAUUUGUGUGUUCUGUGGAUCAGAGGACCUUGCCGAGUUUUGGGCACUAUGUGUAGGUUUGAUCCACAUGGCAUCUAGAGGCAACGAAAUGGGGUACUUAAAGCACCAGCAUGGAAGGUGUGUAGACUGUCCCACUAGCUCUCCUGGGGGGCUUGCAGCUGCUUAUGAAGUCAACAACUUCAAGCAAGGUGGGACCUACCAGCUCAUGCAUAUAUUCCCCCAUGCAACCAACUGGGAGCUAGAUUGGUUUUUUGCCCAAGCCUACCACAUGUGCUUGUCUCAAACCAACUCCGAAUAUGUAUUCCCCCAUACCUCACAAGCUGCCUUAAAGACCAACAAGGAAGACAAGUACGAUUCCUCUGGAGUUUCCAAGAUGUGGGGCGAUAGAUUCAAAUCUGUGCUUAGGAAAUUGGAAGAUGCUAAAGCCAAACUUGCAGCUGUAACUGGUGCUCCAAGUUACCUCUAUCAUCAGUUUACACCUGGUCUUUGCUCACAUUCUCCAAGAAAGUUCAUCAUCACCGAAAUGGGACGGACGUUGAGAGCCAUUUAUUUCAUUUUCAGGGCAGGCUGGACUGUCCAAAAUGUCCAUACUAUCUUUGAUUACAUCGUAAAAGACUCCCAUCAUGAUGUAGAGGCCGCCAAAACAUCUGCGGGCUGGAAAAACAAGUGGAAUGAUCAGGUUUGGGGUGGGUAUUCCAAUCAGCUUUCAGACUUGGCAACUCCGGAAGAAAGAGAAAAGUUUGAUGAAUUCACAAUCAUUCUUUUCUUCAACCAACACACACACAUGGACAGGAAUUUGCGGCACCUACAUGGGUUCAGUGUCCUGCGGUUCUAUCAAGAUUUUGAGCAAUUUCUAAAAGACGCUCAAGUCCAACCAGGAAGUCAAAUAUUUGUUCAAUUGGUUGAGCAUGCGCUUCAACAAGCAAAAGUCUCAAGAGACAUGUUUGAUUCUUGGCAACAGGAGAUACGAACCAAGUUCAAACAGAGGAACUGGUAUGGGAUGAGCCUCCAUGAUGUGCCAGAGUUUGAAAUUGAUUCGAAGCCACUCAUUGAAGACAUGGCCAAGUUGAAAUCAGCGACCCUGCAUAUUUCCCAGGGUCUACAUAAUGUUGAUGAUGACGUUGCAAAGCUAAACAAAAAUUUGGAGCAAUUGCACAGAAAAGUUGCCUUGGUACUUGACAGGCAGGAACAAAACUCCAUCCUUCUCCAAAGGUUGCUGGAUGGACUUGCAAAUAGAGGAAUUCCAAUCAAUAUUGGUGAACCACCUUCCUUGGCGGCACAGGUACCUACUACAGCUCAGCCUACAGCAGUGGCAGCAGCAGUGGCAGCAUUUACUCCUGUCGAAUUGGAAGGUGCACAAGAGGUAGUACCAGUGCCUUGGCCUGGGCAACAGACAAGGAACACAAAUAUUGAAUUUGAUGUUGUUUUCAAGAACAGAUACAAGGGCUCAGUGUCAUGUGUCAUCAUUUUCAAGGCAUGGUUCCAGAACCAGUUGGCUGUUGCGUUUUACAAUAUGGAGAAAGGGGCGCAAAUCAAGAGCAGAAACUCCUUUUCCAGUUGCAAAAAAGUUGUUGACAUGAUGUUGAAGAGUCUUGAGAAGUAUCCGGACCAAGACGAUGAUCUAGAUGUGCUUGCCAAGGAAGCGAUGAGUAGUAUCAUGGCCAGCAAUGAGCUUGGAAAGGAACCUACAAGGAGUCGAAUGGUCACAAAUUCAAAACAGCAUGGCAUCUGCCUUUAUGAUAAAGGCAAUUACAUAGAGAGACCAUUCCCUCCAGACACACCUGACACUGUUGUUCAGUUUUUCAAUGCCCGUGGCAACAAUCCUGCUGGAGCAAAAAAGAGGAAACAUGAUCUUAUGGAGGCAGAUAUAGAGUAA